AUGUCCACCUUCACCGCCCUAAAUGGGGCCUCCCCAAAGACGACGGAUCCGCCACAUCCAAAGGCUACGGCUGAAAAUCAAGCCGCCGUUGACGACCAGCCUCUGGGCUCAGCCCUACUUCAGUAUCAGAAGCCAACCGAUGUCCCCACGAACCAAAGGGGCUCCUGGCGAGUGCAAGACCGCCCGUCAUUCCACCCGGCCAACUAUUCCGACGCCGAGCAGUCGCACAAGCGGAAACGCUCAGAUUCGUUGGAACCAAGGCAUCAAGACGCCCCUCGAGAGCCAACGCCAGACACGGCCCCUGCCACAUCCCACGCCGAGGCCCGCGGCUCCCACGCGCCGACCCAACAAGCACAUCGCCAGGGAAGCGACGAGCUGCGAGACAGGGACGCCUCUCCGUGGAGUUCCCAACAAGGCCGAGACGAGAGAGAUACUUAUGAAGCUCGGCAGAGAUCCGCCACCCCGACCCAGGGUCACAUGGACGAGCAGGCAGGGGAUGCGCUACGCAGAGCCGCCGGCCACAUGGACCACAGCGACUACAGUCAGACGAGCCCCGAUGCCGAGGACAGGUCCAUGGGCCUCUACGGCAGCCCCUAUGCUGCAGACCACAGGCAGGACUCGAUGCCCCAUCAUGACCCCAAGAAGCGAAAGCGCAACUUUAGCAAUCGAACAAAGACUGGUUGUCUGACCUGCCGCAAGCGCAAGAAGAAGUGCGACGAACACAAGCCCGAGUGCAGCAACUGCAUUCGCGGCGGAUUCGUAUGUGCAGGCUACCCACCGCAGAGGGGCCCCGGCUGGCAGAAGCCCGACAACAAGGCCGCGACCGUUCCCCUCGAGUCCAAGGACCCCAGCUACGUGCCCCCUGGCGCCUAUGGUAUGCCGCAACACGGGGCCGCCUAUGGGGCCCAGCCCGUCAAGCGUGAGCCCCUGCCGCACUAUCGAGGCCAGGCUCUCCGGAUAGACCCGCCCCAGGGCCGCCCGCUGGCCGCCUGCGACGACGACCGCCCAACUGCAUCGACACUGCCCAGCGCGUCUGCUGUUAGUCCCGAGAGCAAGCUCUCCGCCAUCGCCUACGCACCCGGUAACGCCUUUCCCACGCCCGUCAGCGCAAACACGCAGCCCCCGUCAUUCGGAGAAAGGAUGAACAAGGACUAUCCACGCGUGCCCCCGUUGCACGACCUGGGCAGGGGGGAGCCCGAAACGCCCCAUCCGUCCAACUCUCUGCCCCAGAUCAACAUUCUUCACCCCACGCGCGUGAGCAGCCCGACCGCGCACCCGCAACCCACCUCCUCGAGCGCCCAGGUCGCCGCGCAGCUCGCCCUGUCCCAUCCGCAGUAUCCGCAGAGGAGGACGCAGAAGGAGGAGAUGCUCUCGGGACGCCACUACUAUCCCUUUGACAAGGAACUGUGCCUGGAGCGCGAGCGCUGCGCCGUUGCCUGCUGGAGGUUCAACAACCUCACGACGCCGCCCACCCACGGCGUGUCGCCCGACGAACGAUCCCGCCUCUUCCUCGAGAUACUGCAGCCUCGCGACCCCGUCCGCGUCUCGCCCUCGGAGGCAUCCCCCGUCACCAACGUGGGACGCGUCGGCCGCCACGUCGCCGUCGAGACACCCUUUACCUGCGACUAUGGCUACAACAUCUCCAUCGGCCACCACGUCGUCAUUGGCCGACACUGCACCAUCAACGACGUCUGCGAGGUCAAGAUUGGCGACAACUGCGUCAUCGGCCCCAACGUCAGCCUGUUCACGGCGACCUUGCCCAUCGACCCCAAGAAGCGCCAAGGCGGACAGGGACCGCAGCUCGGGAGAGGCAUCAUCAUUGAGCAGGACUGCUGGAUCGGGGGAGGAGCCACCAUCUUGCCCGGUCGCACAAUCGGCAAGGGGAGCACGGUUGGCGCCGGGUCUAUUGUGACCAAGGAUGUCCCCCCUUUUACGGUCGUGGCAGGUAACCCUGCACGCGUUUUGCGCGGCAUUGGCAUUGCGCCGUAA